AUGCCACUUGCCAGACAACCCCAAAUCUUACAGCAAAAGCAAAAGCUUUGGCUUCACCCCAUCUUCUCCAAGAUCUUCUUUUUCAAUCCUCAAGAAACCCUCCGCAUAUCCAGAAAUAGUUGUGGAGUGUGUAUGCAGAGUCUGAAGACAAGCCAAGGCAUGGCAAUACACACAGCUGAAUGCUCCCACACUUUUCGGCUGCCUGAGGUAAAGUUUAUUCAUACUCUAGAAGCUAAUGAGGAGAAAGGCUCGGCUAAUGAGUCGUUGCGCAUCUCCGUGACAAUAAUCUCAAUCAGGCUGUUUUCAGUGACACGGAAGAAAUUUGUGCUAUCGAUUGAUGAACCAAGCAAUGAGAUUGUUAUCUGGGAUGCUCUCACGACAGAGGAAGUGGCUAGAUGGGCCUUCAACCAUAUUGUUUCACCUCGUUGGCUCGAACAUUCACCUGUAGAUACAGUAUUUGUUAUGUGUGGAACGGACCGUUCAGUAAGGCAGAGCUCUGAGAUUCCAACACUAGCCAUACAGGAUUCCAUGAAUCAGAGCUGGGAGGUGGUGGACUUGGAGAAAACUGUGGAAGAAAAGCGAUGUCAGGUGCUUGUGUCUCCAUUGCCAUUGCCAUCGUCGGAAGCUAGUAAGAAAGAGAGUGUUCGAUCCCUUCUCAGUUUGUUGGAUGAGAAGCCUCCAUCGCACUAUUUCUCAUGUCAGCUUGAGUAUGUACAUUAUCUUACUGGAUUGGAGAAACAUGAAACUAUACUAACUCCCUUACACGCACCUGGUGACAAGAAAACAAAUGUAUUGGACUUUCUAACGGCUGAAUUUGCAGAGAUGAUAAACAGGGAAAUGGUUCAGACUGCUAUUGGUGACCCGUGGCAUAUUAUCAAGUUUCAGGGGUCCACCUCCAGUAAUGACUUGUGUCAUAUUGCUGCCAAGAAUGGGAUAUUACUUAAACCAAUCAAUACUCUUCAUAGUUUGAAUGAGGCAACGCGUCUAGCUUCCGUAGCUGGUGGUAGUAGGCUGUUUUCAGUGACACGGAAGAAAUUUGUGCUAUCGAUUGAUGAACCAAGCAAUGAGAUUGUUAUCUGGGAUGCUCUCACGACAGAGGAAGUGGCUAGAUGGGCCUUCAACCAUAUUGUUUCACCUCGUGGGCUCGAACAUUCACCCGUAGAUGCAGUAUUUGUUAUGUGUGGAACGGACCGCUCUGACUUUGCCGGGAAAGACAGAAUUCCGGCGACCCAAAACGGAGUUUUACUGAAAGAAAUGGUGCCUUUGCUUAACUCAACAUCAAUCAAUCACACGCUGUUUCCAAAUGCGUCCACUCAGCUAGGUCUGUAUAGGCAUGGACAGUUCCGAAGAAACAUUAUCUUUUAUGUGAGGUCGGAACAAGUUCCUUCAGCUUCAAAUUCUCCUUGCCAAGAUAGCCUUGGUAGACGCCAGCUGCUUGCUGCUGGGGUAACGAUUGCCCCAUGGUUCUUGUUGUCCCGCCAUACAACAUCGUUUGCUGCAGAAACAAAGAAAGGAUUUCUGUCUGUCACAGAUAAGAAGGAUGGAUAUACUUUUGUGUAUCCCUUUGGGUGGCAGGAGGUAGUUGUUGAAGGUCAAGACAAGGUCUUCAAAGAUGUUAUUGAACCUUUAGAAAGUGUUAGUGUGAAUUUGUUGCCAACAAGCAAAACCGAUAUCCGUGAUUUUGGACCCCCACAACAGAUUGCAGAAACUCUAAUAAAAAAGGUCUUGGCUUCUCCUUCUCAAAAGACAAAGCUUAUUGAAGCAUCAGAGCAUGAUGUUGAUGGAAGAGCAUAUUACACAUUCGAGUUCGUUGCAAAAGCUCCAAACUAUACUCGACAUGCUCUUAGUACAAUCUGUAUUGGCAAUGGAAAGUUCUACACUUUGACAACGGGAGCUAAUGAAAGGAGAUGGGAGAAGAUGAAAGACAGAUUGAAAACUGUGGUUGAUUCCUUCCAAAUCUUCAGUGUUUGA